AUGGGGACACGGGAGCUCCUCCUCGUGCUCUGCCUCCUCCGCGCCGGCAUGGCCGUCGUCGACGCGCAGUCUUCUUCGCCGUUGUCGUCCUCGUCCUCGUUCUCGCCGCCGCCGGCGCCUCAGCGGACGCCUCCUGCGCCGCCGCAGCCAACGCCGUUCGGGCGCACCAUGUCGACCUUCAUCACGGUGGCCAUCAGCGUGUUCUUCUUCUUGCUCUUCAUCUGCGCCUACGUCAACCAGUGCCGCCUCGCCGACCCCGGGGCGGCGGCGGCGGCGGCGGCAGCAGCAGCCGGGGCCGCCGGGGGCGGGGGUCCGUCCAGGAGGGGGAAACGCGGGCUGGACCCCGCGGUUGUCGCCACGUUUCCCAUCGUGUCCUACAGGGAGGUCGUGGAGCACAAGAUCGGCAAGGGCGUGCUGGAGUGCGCGGUGUGCCUCACGGCGUUCGAGGACGACGACGACCUCCGCCUGCUGCCGCACUGCUCCCACGCGUUCCACCCGGAGUGCAUCGACCCCUGGCUGCAGUCGCGGGUCACGUGCCCGCUCUGCCGCGCGAACCUCGAGAAGCCGGCGCCGGCUCCGGUGCCGGUGCCGUUGCCGUUGCCGGCGGUGGCGCCCCCGUCGCCGUCGCCGGCGCCGCCGCCGGCGGCGGUGGCGCUAUCGCCGCGCCAGCAGCCUUCGCCUUCGCCGCCGCCGGAGGCCGUGGCGAUACCGGUGUUGGACGAGGGUUCGGAGGAGGACAGCGACGACGAGGACGACAGGAAGGAGGAGGCCAUGGAGCUGGAGAUGCUGCGCAGCGCGCGGCGCGGCGCCAGGAUGCCGCGGUCGCACUCGACGGGGCACUCGCUCUUCGCGGCGGCCGCCGCCGCCGCGGAGGAGGGCGACCACGAGAGGUUCACGCUGCGGCUGCCGGAGCACGUGCGGGAGCAGGUGCUCCGGUCUCGCCGCCUGCGCCACGCCACCAGCCUGCUCGACCUCUCGGAGCUCAGCUCCGAGGGGGGGAGCUCCCGAGGCGGACGGCGCGUGGCAGGAGCAGGAGGAGGCUUCGGCAACGGCAACGGGCACGGCGGGAGCAGCCACGGCGGGCGCCGGUGGCAGUCGUUCCUGGCCAGGACGGUCUCCUGGGCGCGAGGCGGCGGCGACGGCGGCGGGUGGGACGGGUCCACGAGGAGGGGAAGGGACGACGGCGAAUGCAGCAGGAAGGGCGCGGCUUCGCCGCUGCCGGCGGGCCGGCCGUGA